AAGUGAUGAAGGGCAUGGGCAUGGGCAUGUGAUUUUCUUACAUUUCUACUACACCCUAACAACCUUUCGCCACUCACUGAUACUAUUCUUUCAUCAUUUCUCUCUCUCAUACACACAGAAACACCAUCGGACACAUACUGAAUUGCGUUCUUGGGCUUGUGAAGUGAAGAUUCUGAUUUUCUUUCUCUAAAUUCAGAUAAACUUAAUGGCGCUAGCAAGGAUUUCAAGAAACUGGAGACGAUCAUCAGGAACAAACACAAACACAAACACAAACUCUUCCAUUAUUCCUUUUUCCAACACUUCACACUCAACUUCAAAUGCUAAAACAGUGAGCAGGAUUUUAUACCUACAAAGCCUAACCAAAGCAGAUCAUAUGAAUUUUGAAGGAAGAGGAAUUCAUGGGAUUGAAGGAUAUAGAUUUGGUCAUGCAAUGCGGAUUUCAGAAACUGAGAAUUUUCACUAUGCUAGUCUUGAACCAACUAAACCAGGGGACAAACCUAGAGUUGUGGUUCUUGGAACUGGUUGGGGAGCUUGUAGAUUCCUUAAAGGAAUUGAUACUACAAUAUAUGAUAUUGUUUGCAUUUCACCUAGAAAUCACAUGGUUUUCACACCUUUACUUGCAUCAACUUGUGUUGGGACUCUUGAACUCCGUUCUGUAACCGAGCCCGUGGGCCGUGUCCAGCCCGCUUUAGCUAAGCAUCCGGGCUCCUACUUUUACCUCGCUUCAUGCACCGACAUUGAUACAAAAAAACAUGAAGUGUAUUGUGAGACGGAUGAUAAUAAUCAUGGACUAGGUUAUGAACCUUAUCGAUUCAAAGUUGCAUAUGAUAAGCUUGUAAUUGCUUCUGGAGCUGAGCCAUUAACGUUUGGAAUAAAGGGUGUGAAGGAGCAUGCACAUUUUCUUCGUGAAGUUAGUCAUGCUCAAGAAAUAAGGAAGAAGCUUCUGUUGAACUUGAUGGUGUCUGAGAAUCCUGGUGUAUCUGAGGAAGAAAAGGAGCGAAUGUUGCAUUGUGUUGUUAUUGGAGGAGGCCCAACUGGAGUAGAGUUUAGUGGUGAAUUGAGUGAUUUUAUUGUGAGAGAUGUUUUUCAACGUUAUGCUCAUGUCAAAAACUACGUUCGUGUCACACUUAUUGAGGCAAAUGAAAUCCUAUCGUCGUUUGAUGUUGGGCUACGGCAAUAUGCAAUGAAACACUUAACAAAGUAUGGUGUUCGACUUGUUCGAGGAGUUGUGAAAGAGGUGCAACCACAAAAACUGAUUCUUAGUGAUGGGAGUGUUGUGCCUUAUGGGCUUCUGGUAUGGUCGACAGGAGUGGGUCCCUCUCAGUUCAUAAAAUCACUACAUCUUCCCAAAUCUCCUGGUGGAAGGAUUGGUGUGGAUGAAUGGUUGAGGGUUCCUUCUGUUGAAGAUGUAUUUGCACUUGGAGAUUGUGCUGGUUUUCUUGAACACACAGGAAGGCAGGUUCUUCCUGCUCUAGCUCAGGUUGCUGAAAGAGAAGGGAAGUUUCUAGUGGAGCUGUUUAAUAAAAAGAUUGGGAAGCAAAAUGCAGGGAGGGCUUAUUCUGCAAGGGACAUCGAUCUUGGAGAACCUUUUGUUUACAAGCAUCUUGGAAGCAUGGCUUCUGUUGGGCGCUAUAAGGCGCUAGUUGACCUAAGCCAGUCAAAGGAUGCUGGGGGAGUGUCGAUGGCGGGGUUUGUGAGCUGGCUGAUAUGGCGGUCUGCCUAUCUGACACGUGUGUUGAGCUGGAGGAACAGGUUGUAUGUUGCAAUCAAUUGGGCCACCACACUGGUGUUUGGAAGAGAUAAUACAAGAAUAUGAUGAAGCAACCGGUUUGUUAUUGUUAAGUUAAUUUAGGUUAGCUUUAGGCUCAUAAAUUUUGCUACUGUUUCAUAAUUCCAAACCAUCCAAAUUUUUCAUGAUUAUGAUUCAGAAGAUGACAUACACCUAUUGUAACCGUUUGGAAACUUUUUGAUACCUUUCUGGUGUCUAGGAGAG